AUCAUGUUCAAGAAAUGAUAAACUUUCCACAGUAAUAUGAAUACUGAACAGACAAACCGAAAUAAUAUCUUCAAUAACCUCGUUUUCAUGCAAUGUUUUGAUUUUUUGCCACCACGGCUAAUCAGGAAAAGGCGAUAUUGAAAUAGGUCUAUUGCAAAAAUAAGUAUACUCAACAGCUUUAUUCAUACACUGUCUGACGUUGAUAUGUUUUGUCUUAUUUGCUGCAAUAAAUAAAAUAUUUUUGCAUGGUCACAGAGAUGUCUAUUCCAAACUUUUUUAUUUCAAUACCCGGCUGCAAUCUAUGUUUAAUCGCGAUAUCUUUCCCAAAGGACUUGUACCGUAAAUGCUCGAUUAGGCGCCCGAAAAUUUUACUAAAAGAGGUGCUUAAUCGAGACGCAUGUUAAGUGAGAGAGGGGCGCUGAAGCGAGCGCUUAUGGUUUAAAUUUUGUAUAGGGUUUAACAUCUGGUUGUGUUCCUUGGCUAAAAGUAUUUUUUUUAAUGCAUGAGAAAAAUAGGGAUGUAUUUUUUAAACUUUUGUAAGAGUCUUUAGUCAGUUGAAUUUAGUCAGUUGUGACCUGAUCGAUUUGCCGGGGAAGGGAGUAAUCUUUCCACAUCUUUGUGGUCGAAUGUUCAUGCCAAGGUCAAACGCACCAUAAUACAGCCUUUAAUUUGUUCUCAAUUUAUGUUUUUCAUGUCGUAUUUUUAGAUCUUAUUAUUAAGUUCUUUAUUUGCAUACAAAGUUUAUCAAACAAGCGUUGUUAAGAAAAAAUCAAAAAGAUGUUUCAUAAAGGAUGAAAAGUCGAGUCUCGCCCGUCCCCAGUUUAUCUCAAAAUGGUGUUAAUGAAAUAAAACAGGAUAUGAGCCAUUUAUCGACACAAUCGAAAACAAACCAAUCAAAACACAUUCUCAAAAAAAAUAUGGAGGAGCUUUCACAGGACGAAAAAAGUUCGAACAAUAUCAAAUCGUUUUUUAACCACUUAAAUUCGACAUUCGACAACCCCUCGCUAGAAAAUAUAUAUCAAAGUUAUUUUUCGAAAAGAAGGCGUACCAGUUUGUUGUUCUUAUUUCUUGUGCUUAUUUGUUACAACGUUAUACUUCUAAUAGUGACCGCUAUUGAUUACCAUGACGACAAUUCAUCGUAUUUAGUUGCGCGCAUGUGCAUAACGAGCAUAUCGAUUAUUUUUUCAACCAUAAUUUGGACGAUGUACGUCAGCCGUUGCGUCCAGCUGGAAAGUUAUCGGUACUUACCAGGUUUACUCUGGAUGAUCGUUUACAUUCAAAUGUUGAUGGAUUUGUUGCUUUCACACGAAAAUAUUUUCCCGAGUUAUGCUGUUGGAAUAUACACGUUUUUUAUUUAUAUUACAUACGCGAUGAUUACGUUUCGUUUGUACGCGUGUGUUAUCGUGUCACUGAUCGUAACGAUCUCGCACGCCACAGUUAUUGGCGUUAUCACUGAAAAUAUAUCAAGAACGGUUAUCCUUCAGAUUGUGUCUAAUCAACUGUUAUUUUUGGCCGUCAAUAUGAUAGGUGUUAUGAAUUAUCUCGUAACAGAUGUCAAUCAAAGGCGCUCCUUCUUAGAGACAAGAGAAGCUAUUCAAGUCAAAUUAUCUUUUGAGAAAGAAGAGAAAAACCAGAGGCGUUUGUUACAGUCUGUUCUGCCUCCCACUUUGGCUCAAAAAAUCAUUGAAGACAUGAAGCAUGAUGGAACUGUGUUUAGCGAAAAUGUUGGAUUCAAAAAAAUUUACAUCCAAAGUCACGAUAGGUGCAGCAUAUUAUUCGCCGAUAUUGUGGGCUUCACAGAAUAUGCGUCUACAGUGACUGCAGAAGAACUUAUAAUUAUGUUGAACGAGUUAUUUGCAAACUUUGACAAGCUUGCCAAGCGCAAUUAUUGCCAAAGGAUCAAGAUUUUAGGAGAUUGUUAUUACUGCAUCAGUGGUUUGAGCGAUGAAGAAGUUGAACAAAAUAACAUGUCGCAUGCUGAGAACUCGGUUGAAAUGGGCUUGGCCAUGGUGCAGCAUAUAAAGAAAGUACGAGAACAAACAAAAGUUAGUGUUUUGGACAUGCGUGUUGGAAUUCAUUCUGGUCAUGUGUUGGCUGGUAUCCUUGGUCAAAUGAAGUGGCAAUUUGAUGUAUGGUCAAACGAUGUCACCCUUGCUAACAAGAUGGAAUCCGGUGGCGUUCCAGGUCGUGUCCACGUAACAGAAGAGACGUAUCAACUAAUCAAAGAUUCCUAUGAAGUUGACGAAGGGUACGGGGCCGAAAGAAAUGAUUAUUUGAAAGAAAAUGAUGUAAAGACGUAUUUGAUAAGAAACGCGAAAAGAAGAUUAACGGAGAAAAAGAAUACUGGAAGUAUGAAGCGGGCUGUAAUAAUGGUACAAAGAAAGCGAAGAGGACAUUCCGAGCACGAAAAUAGCAAUUCAGGAGCUUUUUCCAAGCUUUCCAACGCAUUUUCUCGAGUGUCGCAUAAAAUGAGCAUAGAAAGUGUCGCAGAGGCGAGUGAGGUGGAAACAACAGUCUGUGAUGAGAUAACUUCAGGAACUAUGCAUGGAACGCACACAUCCACACAAAACCCAGAAGAAGAACGUAUCAACACCAUGUUGGCUGCUGCACUAGAACAUAGAAAUUCAGAAUUAAAAGACGUUGCAAAUAUCAUGACGUUGAAAUUUAAGGAUAGUAAAGCUGAGGUGGAGUACUAUCGCGAGAAAAAAAUAUUUUGUUUAAUAUCAUUGGCUGGGCCUUUGUUGGUGACAAUCUUUAGUUUACUUGUUGAAGCCGUAUUGCAUUCACAGAAAAUUAUGAAUUACGUCACGUUCGGCUGCAGCUUUUUGCUGUUGUUAGUGUUUUGGAUAUUAACUUGGAUAGGACGGUAUUCGCAGUCAAUACCGUCAAGCUUAUUACGACUAUCAAAUUUGUUUCAUUAUUUCGCCCCGGUGCGUGACGUCACCACCUUCGUAAGCGUGAUCAUUGUUAUUUUUGCUGAAAUGCUGGAUGUGAUAUUCACAAACUCUGUUAAAGACGAACAAGCCUGUUAUCCGAUGUAUUACUCAUAUCAGGGGAUAUUAAUCGCGUUGGUAAUUUCAACUUUAAUACAGUUGUCAUUUCUAAUGAGGAUUUCUCUCUUGUUCCUCACGACGAUUACGUACACCAUACUGCAUUAUGUCAUCAUCCAAGACAACUUUAACCGAGUCGACAUCAUCACUAAGAACAAGUCCAUAUUAGACACGAAACUUGUGCUGAGUUUGGAGUUUAUUUUCUACUUCCUUGUGAUAUCUUUUCAUUCAAGACAGUCUGAGGGUACUUCGCGAGUAUUAAUGUUGUGGAAAAAAGAAGCUCUAGACAAUAAGGAAGGAGUUGAAAACUUACGACACCGAAACGAGCGGUUGAUGCAAAAUAUCCUGCCAAUUCACGUGAUUGAUCAUUUUCUAAAGAUAGAUAACAAGGAUGAAACCGAACUCUACAGUAGAUCCUACCAAUCAGUUGGGGUUAUUUUUGCGUCUAUUCCGAACUUCGCAAGUUUCUACACAGAGGAAAGUUACAACAAAGGUGGUAUAGAAUGCAUGCGUGUUCUGAAUGAAAUCAUCUCUGAUUUUGACGAGGUUUUGCAAGAACCAAGGUUCAGUCUGAUUGAAAAGAUUAAAACCGUGAAUAGUUGCUAUAUGGCAGCCUCUGGUUUGAUUGAUAAGGAGGUAAAUUCUCCAGAUGUUGUGAAAGGUGAUCCGUGGCAGCAUUUGGUUGACUUGACAGACUUUGCUCUCGCACUUCGAGAUAAGUUAGAUGCUAUCAAUAUUGAAUCAUUCAAUAACUUCGAACUUCGAGUAGGUAUAGCAAACGGUCCAGUUGUUGCGGGUGUAAUAGGGGCAAAAAAACCUCAUUACGACAUCUGGGGUAACACUGUGAACAUCGCAAGUAGGAUGGAAUCGACGGGAAGGUCGGGAACAAUUCAGGUACUGAAAAAUACUUACGAAGUGUUGAAAGAUCGUGGAUUUGAGUUCGAGCAAAGAGGAUAUGUUAAUAUAAAGGGGAAAGGAAGACUCUUAACGUAUAUGCUUAUCACGCGAACAUAUCAAGAUUUUUGUAAGCCGAUAAGAUUUCAAAAAUCCGAAAGUUAAAUACACUGUGCUGCGUCACGAGAAACGAUAUAUAACGCUUACUUAAUCACAUAGCUUAAAAAGAGUAGAUAAGCCUCACAUCAGUAUACAAGAUGCUGUUACCGCACCACACUAAGAAACCAAAUCCAAAAUGAACAGGUCCAUACGUCUGUAAAAACAGAUGGAAGAACUUCCAUUUUGUCAAGUUUGCUCAAAGUACUCUGUUUUGAUGUGACAGGAAGCUAGUUGAUUUUUCUGCACAUCAGUUGCACACAUCAAUUGUAGAUUAUAACUUUGAUCUUUUAGUUAAAAAAAGUGCGUUGGGAACUUUUUUUGCAUUAAAACCUUUUUACACAA